AAUUGUAUCAAUCAAUUACCGGAAGUUUGAAACACACAUGGUUUCCGGUGCAAGAAAAACAAUCUAGAAAAUUCUGAAAACAUAGCCAUCUGAAUCUACUUCCAUCAGAAGAAUAAAAAGAAAAUAUGUCUGCACAAGGUUCUGUUGCAUUUGAUGAAUAUGGCCGUCCUUUCAUCAUUAUACGAGAUCAAGGCAGUAAGAAAAGAUUGACGGGUUCCGAGGCCCACAAGAGUCACAUAAUGGCAGCCAAAACAGUUGCUAAUGUUAUAAAAUCCUCACUUGGACCAAAGGGGUUAGAUAAAAUGAUGGUGAACCCUGAUGGAGACAUAACAAUAACAAAUGAUGGAGCUACCAUUUUGAAACAGAUGGAUGUUGAACAUCAGAUAGCUAAGUUAAUGGUACAACUAUCACAGUCACAAGAUGAUGAAAUAGGAGAUGGAACCACAGGAGUUGUUGUACUGGCUGGAGCUUUGUUAGAACAUGCAGAAAAGUUACUAGACCGUGGAAUACAUCCAAUCAGAAUUUCAGACGGAUAUGAAAUGGCAGCAAAAGUAGCUUGUGCUCAUCUUGACACCAUUGGUGAAACAUUUCAGUUAGACCUGAAGAACAAAGAACCAUUAAUUCAACUGGCCAUGACAACACUUGGCUCAAAAAUAGUGAACAGAUGCCAUAGACAGAUGGCAGAGAUUGCUGUAGAUGCUAUUUUGUCAGUGGCUGAUCUGAAAAGGAAAGAUGUUGAUUUUGAGUUAAUAAAAGUGGAAGGCAAAGUUGGUGGUAAAAUGGAAGAUACAAUGUUGGUAAAAGGUGUGAUUGUUGACAAAGACUUCAGCCAUCCACAAAUGCCCAAGGUUGUGAAGGAUGCUAAGAUCGCUAUCUUAACAUGUCCUUUUGAACCACCAAAACCAAAGACCAAACAUGGGUUAGAGGUCAAAUCUGUGGAGGAUUACAGAAAACUUAGACAAUAUGAAAUGGAAAAAUUUAACCUCAUGAUCAAGCAGGUUAAAGAUGCUGGUUCAAACUUGGUAAUAUGUCAGUGGGGAUUUGAUGAUGAAGCUAAUCAUUUACUAUUACAAAAAGAAUUGCCUGCUGUUAGAUGGGUAGGAGGACCAGAAAUAGAGUUAAUAGCAAUUGCUACAGGUGGAAGAAUUGUUCCCAGAUUUGAAGAAUUAACAAAAGAAAAAUUAGGGAAAGCCGGAAUAGUUAAAGAAUUACAAUUUGGUACCACUAAAGACAGAAUGUUGGUGAUUGAAGAAUGUCAGAACUCUAGAGCUGUUACUAUAUUUAUUAGGGGAGGUAACAAGAUGAUUGUAGAGGAAGGAAAAAGAAGUAUACACGAUGCAUUAUGUGUUAUUCGCAACUUGGUUAGAGAUAACAGAAUUGUAUUUGGUGGAGGUGCUCCCGAAAUCUCAUGCUCUGUAGCUGUAGCUAAAGCAGCAGAUAAGAUAUCUACAUUAGAACAGUAUGCCAUGAGAUCAUUUGCUGAAUCUUUAGAAAGUAUACCAUUAGCUUUAGCAGAAAAUAGUGGACAGUCUCCAAUAUAUACAUUAGCAGAAAUUAAAUCAAGACAAAUAAAGGAAAACAAUCCACGUCUAGGAAUUGAUUGUCUCUCCAAAGGAAGCAAUGAUAUGAAAGAUCAACAUGUUAUAGAAACAUUAUCAUCGAAGAGAGCACAGAUAUUGUUAGCUGUACAAUUAACUAAAAUGAUUCUAAAAAUAGAUGACGUUAGAGGCGGAGAUCAAGGCUAUAUGUAAAGAACAAGGGUAUUUUAAUGAAAAUUGAACUGCAAAAAAAUGGUGAAGACUUCUUAAUACUGAUAUUAGUAUGAGUCCUGGUGUUUAAUUUUGUCAUAAUAAAAACUAGAAGUGAACAGUUUAUAAAUCACGUGGUAGUAAUGAACAAAAUCUCAAGUUUGAAUCGGAUUCAGGAACCUUUUGGUAAUACUUCAUUGUUCGAAGUACAACAUUAAACCAUUCAAACAAUGUCUUCUUGUAUAGUAAUUUUUAUGAUGUAUAAUAAAUAACAAAUCAUAACAAUUUCAAAGCGAAAUGUAUUAUUUAAGAACAUUAUGCAUACGUUCUACCACUAACUAUCAGAUUUGUAAUUAUCAACACCAUCAAGGGAUGAAAACUAUGAUAUAAGUAUUGUGUUCUGUCAUUAACCUUCCUAUUUAUUAAAUCAUUAUAUAUUUACUUUGCCAUUUGUAUUUGAAGUCUUUAUGUUUUUCUAAGCUUGAUUAAAAGUAAUUUCAACAAUUUCAGUGCAUGGAAGAUUAUAGCUUACAGAUGCAUUUUUUCAUCAUUUUUUUUUUUCAAAAUUUAAUGCAUUUCAUUCCCAUUUCACAAAAUGUAGUUCUUGAAAUUCAUAGUUGAUUGAUCAUUUUGAUAAUUUAGAGAAAAAAAAAUCUGUAUACUUAAAAUCUACAGUGCAUCUGCAAACUUCAGUGAAACAUGAAUCCUUUUUUGUCUGUGAUGAGUGAGUGCUAUUUGUAUUGUUUUGUAUGAUACUGCAUCUAUUAAAGAUCAAAUUUUUUACUAAA